AUGCCAACGGCCACACCAAUUUCCCAAAACACUGCAGUAAUUGUUCACCCUUUGGUGUUACUGUCAGUAGUUGACCAUUACAAUAGAGUUGCAGAAAAGACGACAAACCGAGUCGUUGGUGUCUUGCUUGGACAGAAUAAUGGCAAGACUGUGAAUGUGGCCAAUAGUUUCGCUGUGCCAUUUGAGGAAGACGAAAACGAUCCAUCUGUUUGGUUUUUGGAUCAUGAUUACGUUGAAUCCAUGAACGAUAUGUUCAAGAAAGUGAAUGCGCGAGAGAAAAUGAUUGGUUGGUAUCAUAGUGGUCCUAAACUUCGUGCAUCUGACUUGGAGAUCAAUGAACUUUUCAAGAGAUAUACACCGAACCCCGUUCUCGUGAUUGUUGAUGUAAAACCAAAGGACAUUGGUAUCCCAACAGACGCGUAUUUUGCUAUAGAGGAAAUUAAAGAUGAUGGCACAGCGACAACAAAGACUUUUAUGCACGUCCCAUCUCAAAUUGAAGCAGAAGAAGCAGAAGAAAUAGGCGUUGAGCAUUUGCUGCGUGACAUCAAGGACAAUGCAGUUGGUACACUCUCCACCCGAGUAACUGAUCAGCUGAAUUCGGUCAAGGGACUCCAAUCUCGCUUAGAAGAGAUUAGACACUAUCUCCAGAAAGUAGUCGACGGCAAACUUCCGGUCAAUCAUCAGAUUAUUUACAAUCUUCAAGAUAUAUUCAACUUACUACCUAAUCUCAAUGUUAAUGAAACUGUGAAGGCUUUCUCUGUAAAGACUAAUGAUCAAUUGUUGGUUAUCUAUCUGAGUUCUCUCAUUCGAGCAGUCAUUGCUUUGCAUAAUUUGAUUAAUAACAAGAUUGAGAAUCUGAAAGGAGAAAUUGUUGGACAGAUUGAAGAUGAUAAAAAGGAAGAAAGUAAAGAAGUUAAGGAAGAGAGUAAAGAAUUAAAGAAAUGA